AUGUCCUCACCUUCCGACUCCAAUCCGACUGCUCUACCCCCCUCCGGUCAUCCAUCUCUAGACCUCCCAUCUCUUCACCCAUUAUCCCACGAUCACCCAUUACUCUCUUCCGACCAAUUCGACGUUGAUUCCUUUUUAUUAAGUAGGGUCUGGGUCCCGUUGGAUGAGCUCAGAGGAGAAUUGAGGGAAUAUCUCGGGAUCUUGAGAGAAGAAUUGGUCCAACUCAUCAAUGACGACUAUGAAGAGUUCAUUUCACUCGGUACUGGACUCAGAGGGGAAGGAGAUAGGUUAAGAGGGUUAGAACAACCUCUAACAGGUUUAUGUGGGGAGAUUGAGACCGUCAGAGAUGUCCUUUUGACACACCAAGAAGCCGUUCAAUCAAAACUCGAAGAACGGGCUGCUUUGAGGGAAGAACGUGCCUUAUUAGAUCUCCUCCAAAGACUAUUCGAAACACUUUCCCGUGCCGAAACCCUCCUCGCACCUUCUAAUCCAUCAGAACCUUCAGAUCGUUCCAAACUCGUAGCUCGAGUAGCUGGCGAAUAUACACAAUUAGUCUAUCUAGUCAAUAAAGCGAAGAGUGAGAAAUGUGAAUUAGUUCAAGUCGUUUCCCCUCGUGUAGACUCUAUCCGAGAGUCUCUUUCGAAAGAUUUGUCGAAUAUCUUAUUAGGCACUUUGGACGAUAAACAUGAGUUGAAAGUUUGUUUAAGGACUUAUGAGUUGAUUGAGGGAUGGAAAGAGGCAGAAGAGGUGAUAAGGAGGUCUGUCAGGGAUUUCUGCGAGCAUACAAUUACACCCUCUGCACUCACCGCCCCAUCCUCAGCCAUCCCUAAAACUCCUCAUACACCCGCAACAUUCCGUAACCCAUUCGAUCCCUCUCCUCAACUCUCUGAACCCACUCCCCUCGCUGCACUGUAUAACCAAGUCUUGACCCAUCUGACAACAUAUCAACCGCUCAUGAAUGUCGCAGAGGGAUUAAACAAUUCCCACGGUAACGAUCCCCGAGAAGGAGAUAAAGGUUUCGAUUUUUUCGGGAAGGUCAUUUGGCCUGAACUCAGUGGGAGUAUUGCGAGUAAGUUGGGGAAUGUGAUUUUCGCUGCUGGUAGACCGGAUGAGUUGCACAAGCACUACACCACGACAUACAACUUCAUUUCCCUACUCGAAACCCUGGCUCCCAGUCAAGAAUCCAUCAUAUCUAUGCGACAGAGCGAAUCGUACGAGGCGUUCUCUAGACGAUGGCAAUUACCUGUAUACUUUCAAUUAAGGUGGAAAGAAAUAGUUGGUAGUUUGGAAAAUACUCUUACAUCCCCACCUUUACAAACGUCAGGAGAACCCAAGACCCCUUCUCGGUCGAUGAUGGAGAAAGAAGCGACAGAAGAAGGGGAAUGGAAUUUGACACAAAGUCAAUUCGCUUGGAAAGCGUUUGAGAGAUGUUGGUCGGAAGAUGUUUACGUACCUGAAUUAGCUGCUCGAUUCUGGCGUUUGAGUUUACAGAUUGUGUCGAGGUACGGACGCUGGCUUCAGACCACGUUAGAGACUUACAAGCUGGGAGACGAAGAUACGAGACAGGAAGAUACAGCAUUGAGGUUUGUAGCUGCGGGUAUCAUGGAUGUGGAUUUGUUCGUUAGUAAGGCAAGAGGGUUGGAUGUUCUCAAAGGGGUGGAUUUUGAUGACCUCCUCAAUCUCCCUUCCUCUUCCCUCAUCUCCACCCUCCUGUCUAUACUCGUCAAACGAUGUUCCGAACCGCUCAAACUGAUUCGUUCAAUAGCAUCACAAUUGCGAGCUUCACCUUCUUCCUCUACCCAACCCACUCCUUCUCAUUUCAUCCCGACAAUUUUCAAACCUCUACAAGAACUACUGAACUCUCUUCCGACCCUCAAAGAGAAAUACGGAUGCGAUUGGUCCUCCCAAGUGGUCGAUACGGUAUGUACCAACUACGCUACGAUUCUAUCAAGUGUGAGAAAGACUGAAGACCUUUUGAGACGUCAUAGGAAGAGUAAGAAAGGUACGUUUGGGUUUUUCAGUGGAGGUGGUGGUGGUGGGAAUGGGGAAGAAGAAGAAGAAAGGUUUGGAAGACAGAUGAAAGUUGAUCUGGAAGGUCUACAGAAGGAAUUGAAUGGGUUAGGGGUGGAUGUAGAGUUGGAGAGUUUGAACGGAUGGAGGGAGUUGAGGGAUGUUGUGGAGAGACCUGGGGAAUGA